AUGAGCGCUGACUCGUCAUCCAUCUGCCUUGAAUUGCAGAUCAUGGAACUUGAGCUCUGGAAGAGAGACGGCGGCCGCUUCGUUUGCCUCGAACAGCAUGCGAGCGAGGCAAGAAGCUGCGGCAAGCCUUUCGUGUCAAAGCAAGCUUUGGAAGGCCACCGGAAGCGGACGGGGUGUGAACCCUGGAAACUCCCAAGCAACCGCGCGCCCUCCAAGUAUCACGACCUGGGGCCAGAAGCUGCUCGCCAACUGAAGCGCCAAAGCAACAGGGCAGCCGUGUCCAAAUACAGAACGACGCUCGACGGGGAGCGGGCCGUCUAUCGCGCGCGGCACAUAGCCAACUACCGCCUAAUGGCGCGUGAUGCCGUGCCCGCUCCCCAGAUGCCCAAAGCACCGGCUUACGUGCUGCCGCCUAUCUCGUGGCUGAUCGCCGAUGCUGAGAUCUAUGUGCAGGAUCUGAAGGAGAAAUUCGAUCAGGGCGAGAUCGUGCUGAACCACGCGACGUGGUCCCUGCGAUUCCACCCAGAUAAGAUGGUCUGGACCAGGAGCAAGCAAAGGCGUGCUACGCUACGGAGCUGUUUGCCCCACUCAACGAGGAGCGUUUCAAACCGGGUCUGA